AUGCUGCAGCACUCGGCACAGGCUGUUAACAUGCAUAAGUUGUACAAACCAAAACUGUGGAGUCACAAUGAGACCACAACAGAAGAUAUCGGGGACUGCAACACUUGCAAAGAUAUUCAAGGAAGGAAGGAAAGGAAACCGCGAGACAGGGGUCGUGAGAACCUGGAGAAGCUAAUUAUAGUUGGAAACACUGAAGGCAAGGCAAGGGUCGCGUGGACGUUCUCCAAUGAGAUGGACCGAUCAAGUAAAAGACUCGUCCUCAUUUGCACGGCUGUAAGAGACGCGCUGGACAGAAUCCGCUGGAAGCAGAUCAUCCGCUCCAGAUGCAGUUCUGAUGCUGCUCAUGAUCCUCAUGUAUGAGGGAACAACUAGAGACAGAGAGUAUCUUGCUUACUUCUUCCCUAAGCUUUUAUAUCAAUAAAAUCGAUUCAUACUUAA